AUGAACACCAUUGCGACCUCCACCGCCGCCGCCGCUGAUCACUGCGAGGAUCCAAAGCAGCAGCAACAGCCCAAGAAGAAGGUGGUCACCAGUGCACUGGCAGCACUGCAGCAAAAACAGCUGCUCAUCAACGGAAUCGGUAGUCCCAGCAGCAGCAGCAGCAGCACUCGAAUGUCGGCCAUCUUUGGCAAUCGUCUCGACUCUGAGGAGUACGACGAGUACAUGAACAGGGGCAAUGAGAACCGCGAGGAGACGGUCGCUCUGCUCACCGAGCACUACUACAACAUUCUCAAGGACAUCGGCGAGGACCCGGGCCGGCAGGGGCUGCUGAAGACGCCGGAGAGGGCGGCCAAGGCAUUUCGCUACUACACCUGUGGAUACAAUAUCAACCUGCAAG